AGGCGUAAUAACAAACUGAAAAAGAUAACCUCCAAAUUUAAUUCACUGAUUCACGUCUUCCCUUAUUCUUCCCUUGUUCAAAUUCAUUCAACAAACCAACGUGUCCAAUUCCUAAACUUGCCACCAUUUUGCCUUCUCUGCUAAGCAAAUCCUCUUUUCAAUUUUCUCCUUUCUCUUAAAUGCUUUUCCAUUUCCCAAUUAUCUAAUCCUAUCUGUAUCUAUAGAUUGGAGUAAUUACAUGUAUGUAUAAAGGGGGUUGCUUGCAUUGAAUCACUGACAUACUGCUGUAAUUUUUUGUUUGUUUUUUCAAUGCUCUUUGUGGGGUGUUUAAUGCCCAUUGAUCGCUUUUUUCUUCUUGUCGCCGGCUUUUAAUCUUGGCCGUUGACACGUGUCUUGUUAUGAAGAAGCCGCGUGGUGAAUUAUUUUCUUCAAACUUGACCCUUUUCACUUCUCUUUCUUCUCAGUUUAAUUUCUCAUGGAAUUUCCUUGAUCCCAUUUUUUUUCUUCUUCGUUCUGUGAUUGGUGAAGCAAAUUUGAGGGGUUCAUGGGGAGCAUUGAUUAUGGCAAAUGUCUCUUUCCCUUGACAAGUUUGCAAAUCGGUUCAAACUGAUUCAUGCUUCGUGUUGAUGAGGAGAACAAGAUGGGGCCAAUUGAUAACAUACAUAGGAUAACAGCCAAAGCUACUGGGUUCGGAUGAAUCUGUAAGAUGUAUGCUAGGUCCGCCCAUGCUUAUUACGUCGCUGGGCAAAGCAAAAAAUCACCUUGCUGACUAAUCUGCAUGUAGCAGAAUAAGGACUUGCAAUCCUAUCUUUCACAUCUUUACGUUUUCCUCGCCCCUGAGAGUAAGAGACUAUAUAUCUUGGUGGACAACCGUCCAUGGCUUAGAGAUCUUGUCUCUAAACCUGCACACUUAUGGCAAUUGAUGGUUACCAAGUCAAGGUUAUCUCCGUUUGCGAAUACUAGAGGGCGGAAGCAGAGGAAGGAGAGUGGAGGUAUAUUGGAUAUAAAAUCCGGUCAAGAAUUAAGCACGAGCGAAUCAGAAUCUGAAAACGUCAGAAGAUGGUUUCGCUUUAUUGAUGCUGCAACAUUGUCCAGAAAGAGGGAAUUAUUACCUGUAAAGAAAUUGAGGAACUCUUUGAUCUUGAAUAGCAAAUUGCAUAGGACAUUGUACGGGUUCAUUGUGUUUGAAGUUGCGUGGAAUGAUGUUCGUGGUAUAAAUUAUUUCAAUGAGCUUCAGACAGAUACAUCACUUGCCAUAGAAACAAAAUUCAUGAAAAGAUGGGAAUUUGAUAGUGUAGCACAAGCUGCUAGAUGCAUGUCAUCAUGGUUCUCUGGGACUGACACCGAGCAUCAUCUGCUGAAAGAGUGUUUGGAAUCUACUAUAGGAGAGGUAUUUUAUGAUUCUCAAGACAAUUUUCGAGAGACUACUGAUGUGGCUGACAGUGAUGUUUCUGCUGCCAAUUCAAGUGACGAGGAUGAAUCUCCUUGCGGUUCAAUUAGAAGUUUCAGUACGUACCCUGCGACAGAAAAUGGUGAAACUUCUCUGCAUACACCAACUCCACUUGAUGGACCUCAUAAGAGAAGAAAACUUUUGAAGUCUAUCAGUAAGCGACUCAAUGUUGAUAUACUCUCUGAGGAGCCCUUUUCUGAAACUAUUGAAUCACAACUACAUGGUGAUCCCUCUUACAGAAGUACGUCUGAAGUAGUUGAUGAAGCCUCCCAGUACAAGGAUGUUUUGCUUUUGUUUCGGUUUAAUGAUCGCGAUUUCCCUUUCAAACUAAGAGACAUCAUUCUUUCGGACUUGCGGUUGCUUAGACUACUGGAAGCUGGGCUUCCUUCAUGGGUCAUAUUUCUCCAGUCCUAUCCAGUAUUUUGCCAUAUUUAUCGCCCAUGGAUGUGCCCUCUAGCAAGAUUUUUAUAUGUCAUAAUCUCUGUAGUUACUGUUCUGAUUGGAUUUUAUGAUCUAUACAAAAAUGUACCUGUACUCAAAGCGACAGCAUCUAGUUUGUUCGGGCCACUUUUUGAUUGGAUUGAAACAUGGGAAAUGGUAUCAAGAAUUCAGUACUUGGGGACCAUGCUAUUUCUGCACAAUUUUCAGAAGGCGUUCAAGUGGUUCCUCAUGACAAUGCGUACUAUUCGGUCAUUUUUCUCAGUUCUUACACAGCCAAUGGCAGGUCCACUUGUUGAGUUUGUGGAAUUCUUCCUUCCUUUCUCUAAUAUGUUGGCACAAAUUCUAGAAGAUUUCUUGUCAGUAUUAUGGUUUACGGUCGGGUCUUCUUACACUCUGGUGGGAAAAACUAUUGAGAUUUUAUUACUACCUCUCUGGUAUAUCAUAUCGUUUGCUUGGAAUCUCGUGACUUAUUUAUUUUACCCUAUCUUCUGGAUUCUGUGGGAAACAAUGUAUGCUCCAAUCCGUCUGGUCUUUGGUUUGUCUAGCCUACUGGGCUUUUUAUGUACUUCUAUAUAUGAAGUCAUUAUGGAUUCAUGGCUGUUCGUGAGUAGCAUAGUUCGAGUCACUUCUCAGGUGGAGGCCACAGUGUCAUCCAGCGCCAGUGGGGUAUCCAUAUGGCGUACUCUUUGGAAUGACCUUUUCUCCCAGAUUUUCAAAGCUCUUCGAAGUAUUCUCUAUGGUUUUGUUGCCUUCUUCACAGCCUGCAACAGACACCGGCUAAGUAUCUAUAAUCAUAUGAGUGAUUUUUUACAAAGAUUAUCUCACCCUGCGAAGAGGUCACGGCCUGCAGAACGUGGCCGCAGUCCACAAACGUCUGGAACACAAAUCACAUGGGUGGAUACAGAAGAAGCGCACCACCAGCGAAAAUUCAGAAAGAUCGAUUGAUGAAAAAGACACCUCUGCGCCUCUAACAUGUACAGCAAAAGUUAACUGCGUCACUGACCAGGAAGUUUCCAUGGGCGGCAUGUAGGAUAUGCUCUAGUUCUUCGAGGGAAAAUAGCAUCAUAUAGGAAAUCAAAUUGCUCUUGCCCCUGAUGUUUUUGUAGCAAUCUACUUUUUGAUCGUCCCCUUAAGGUUUAAGUCCCCCGCUGCCAUCCAGAGAUUGUAGCAUACCAGAAAAUCUCUUGUAGAUAAUGUAUAUGAGGAUGCUUUUUGAAAUACAAAGUACAGAUGUUAGAAGCAUUCAAUUGACUGCUUCCUAGCAUUUCACUUUUCUA